ACUCUUCUACAUUUCAACGACUGCUAUAAUAUAGAGCCGCAGAAACAAGAACCUGUCGGCGGUGCGGCUCGAUUCAAAUCGGUAUUGAAGUCAUUUGAAUCCGUGGAGCCCUUGGUUCUCUUCAGCGGGGAUAUCGUUUCUCCGUCGAGCAUUAGCACAUUCACCAAGGGUGAACAGAUGAUCACAGUGCUCAAUUCCUUCGGUGUCGCCUGUGCGGUCUACGGCAACCAUGACUUCGAUUUCGGUAUCGAGAAUCUGAUCAACUUAAGAACAAGUGUCUUCCCGUGGCUCAUGAGCAAUGUGUUGGACAAGGGAACUCAGACGCUCUUGGCGGAAGGCCUCGAGUUAGUCAUCUUAGAGAACAAAGGGAAGAAGAUCGGUCUCAUCGGUCUCGUCGAGAAGGAGUGGAUCGAAACUUUAGCAACGAUAGAACCUGAGGACGUAGACUUUCGGGAUUUUGUCGAUGAAGGCAGACGUCUGGCACGACGCCUCAAAAGUCCCGCUUUCGGAUGCGACUAUGUGAUCGCUCUUACUCACAUGCGCUUUCCCAACGACUGUCGCUUAGCUGAAAACGUUGAAGAGAUCGAUCUGAUUCUCGGCGGUCACGAUCACGUGUACGAUGUCCGGAAAAUCUCCAAUCGUUACGUUGUCAAAUCAGGGACAGACUUCCGUCAGAUGUCGAAGAUUGAACUCACGUUCAAGGUUGAUGGGACGGUGGCUUUCAAAAUAGAGGAAAUUGAUGUAACAUCUGUUUACCCAGAGGACACGGAUCUCGUUGAGCAGCUCAAGAAGUACAACGAUAUCAUCGAAGGACAGAUGGAUGCGAUCGUUGGGUAUUUCUCUACCCAAGUCGACGGGCGGUUCCAAUCGAACAGAACAGAAGAAACGAAUCUUGGGAGCUUCGUGGCAGAUAUUCUGCGGGCUUCCACGCACGCAGAUCUAGCCAUCAUAAAUUCUGGAACUUUUCGAUCGGAUAGAGUGCACGAGCCGGGAAUCUUCACGAUGUGCGACAUCAUUUCGAUUUUCCCCGCCGACGAUCCCAUUAUGGUUUAUGAAGUGACGGGACAGCAAAUCAGAGCGGCGUUGGAGAACGGAGUCAGCCAGUACCCGAAGCUUGAGGGUCGGUUCCCGCAGGUGUCCGGAGUGGCCUUCGCCUUCGAUCCGAAGAAGCCUCCCGGAGAGCGUAUCAGAAGUGAGCACAUCAAGAUCGGCGACGAGCAGCUCGACCUCACAUCACGCUAUCGCCUUGCGUCCAAAGAGUUCAUCUGGACUGGACGCGACGGAUACGAUGUCUUGAAAAACUCUCUGGUCCUCGUGGACCCCGAUGAGUUGCCUCCCUUGCGCACAGCCGUGCAAUGUUAUCUAUCAGCGAUGCAGAGCUUCCUUGGAGCUGAAAAGACUCCACGAGGCCAUCAUCGACCGAGCCUGGUCGCGUCGUGCAGUUUCGAUAGUGGACCAGCGGAGCCAUCUUCAGGUCCAGAAUCAGAAAGCGAGGUCGUCAAGUUCCAUCCGGUCAUCGAUGGCAGGAUCAUAGCGCUCACGAAAGAGUGGUACGCGGAGAAAUCUGGCUUGUUGAACCAGUCCCCGAGUUGUCCGAGCGUGGAACCUGAGGAUUUCUUGUAG